AUGUCUGAACAUGUCACGAUGAAGAAAUCUACUGAAAUGCCCAUUCAACAAACGUUCAGCAACGAGGUGGGGGAGAUCACGAAGGCCGAUGCUGAGGAUCUCUCUAGAUAUGACAUCGCCACCAGCUAUGCGGACAGAUUCCAAGACGGCGAGGGCUACACCAAGCAGGAGGCUCGGCGCCUGCGCUGGAAACUCGACUAUCGCUUGAUUCCUAUUCUCUUUAUGAAUGUGCUACUCCCGGCAUAUGACAAGAACUCCCAUGCCUUGGCAGCCAUUUAUGGGAUGAAGACCGAUCUGAAGAUGAAAGGCAGUAUGUAUUCAUGGGUCAGCAGCAUUUUCUACUUCGGCUAUUUGCUCUGGUGUUUUCCCUCGAGUAGUAUGCUCCAAAAGCUGCGCGUGGCAAAGACCAUUGCGGUGGUCCAGUUCCUGUGGGGUAUAGUCCUCAUUGGGUCCGCAUUUGUCAAGACCUGGGGUCAGUUGAUGGCCUGUCGUUUCAUUCUUGGUGCAUUGGAGGCACCAGUGCUUCCGGGAAAUAUGCUCAUUCUUUCAAUGUGGUACACACGACCAGAACAAACACUUCGGUAUGGGCUCAUGUACACCGGGCUGUCGUCCAUCCCAAAAGGUCUGAUCGGAUGGGGUGUUGGAGGUAGCGGUUCGGGCACUCUCAAGAUAUGGCAGAUCUUGUUCCUCAUUGCAGGCGGCAUAACCGUCGUUUGGUCGUUGGUCGUGGGAAUAUUCCUGCCAGACAAUCAAGUAACUGCUAAAUUUCUUGACGAAAAAGAAAAGGCGAUUGCAGUUGAUCGCGUCCGUGCCAACCAAACAGGCGUUGAAAACAAGAAGUUCAAAAAAGAGCAAAUGAUCGAAGCCUUUCUGGACAUACGGGUUUGGCUCAUGUUCUGCUUCAACCUCUGCAUCAGCAUUCCCAACGGCGGCAUGACCAACUUCUCAACCCUGAUUAUCAAAGGCUUAGGCUGGAGUUCUCGCCAGUCAUCGUUACUCCUGAUGCCGGCUGGUGUCGUUCAGACAGCAUCGAGCUAUUUCUGCAACGGCGGUGUAUUUCUCGCCAUCAAAUACUUCCCACAAUAUCAAUUCCGCGGAAUUUUCACCCUUAUCGGCAUCAUCAUCGGCCUGAUCGCAUCGGUCUUCCUAUACACAUUGCCACUUGAUGCUCUGCACGGUCGUCUAGCAGCACUAUUCAUGUCCUACUUCUACCUGGGUCCGUAUAUUGUGGGUUUGAGUUUGGUCGGCGCCAAUACUGCGGGGCAUACGAAAAAGGUCACGGUCAACGCGCUCAUGUUCAUAUCCUACUGUGUCUCCAACAUUAUUGGGCCUCAGUUUUUCCUGGAUGAUCAAGCACCCCUCUAUCCUUUGGGAAUGGGUGCUAUCCUCGGCUCCUACGUGCUGUCCUUUUUCUUCAUCAUUUUUUAUAUGCUUGUGUGUUGGAGAGCAAACAAGAGUCGUGACGCGCGAGACGCGGCAGGUGGAGAGGUCAAUCAUCGUGAUACUGAUUUCAAGGAUCUGACCGACAAGCAAAAUAUCGUGAGUGCUCCUUUGGACUCUCUAUCUGACUUCUAG